CAAACCAGUGCCUGAGCGAGCUCAAAGAACGAAUGCGAAGGAGAGCCAGGAGCUGCAGAACCGCCGACAUGUCUCAACAGAUUUUAUACAAAACUGAACGCAGUCAUGCUGGCGGAAUGUAGGCUCAGGACACACGGCGUACGCAGGAUCUUCAGCGACCUGCUCUGUCCAAAACGUUAAGAACAGCUUCCACCGUACGAUGAAGCGAUACGAGCAGGUAAGGAGUGGGUCCAUAUUGGAUGGUGGCGCCAUCGCAGCGCUCCGCUAUCACUCGACGCUCCCUGGGAUAACCGAACGUGUCAGGCAUGAGGCGGCACGAUGCUCAUAGCGGCGAGGGAAGCGACUUCGGCGACCAUAGUGGGUGGGACACCCAUGUCUUUCAAGUUGUAUUCGAGUUGUAUGUUGAUAGCCCUGUCCGCUUUCAGGACGCGCGUGGAUUUGGGACGGCACUCGAUGCCACUGAUGACCCAUGCCAAUCGCAGGCAGUUUUUGUCAUGAGUGCAGUCGCCCGUUACGAUGAAUUGCUUCUUCAAACCAGCAUAAAGUUAGCGUAGCUGAGUGCCCCCUCUGAGAUAGGGAGUCG